AUGGAAUUAUUUCCCUAUAUUGCGACAUAUUUGUUUACUGCUGUGACAUUUGGUCAACAAUUGCAAUUUCUGCAAAAUUGCGAUGAAGCGCCAACACCAGAAGCGCAACGUGUAUGUCGAAUGUUGCAACAAAUGGCUCAUAAAUCAAGGCGUCAAUCGGCAACAAAUCAAAGACUUCCACCAACACCGCCACAUUUUCUUCAACCAGCACCGUUGGAUCCAUAUGCAAGAGGUCAAAUAGCUAGUCAUCCGUAUGAUUGCAUGACGAUUACAUGCUUAUGUCCAUUUUUUCAGGGUUCAAUAGGACCACAGAAUCAAUGUAUACUACCAGAUGGUCAACUUUUGACCAUGGCAUAUCGUAAAGAAUAUCGAAUGCUUAGUGAGGAUGAACGUUUAAGAUUUUUCAAUGCAAUAACAAUGUUAAAACGUAGCGGUGAAUAUGAUCGUAUGAGUUUUGAACAUCAAAUGGUAGGUCAAGGUAGUGGUGCACAUUCAGGACCUGGUUUUUUGCCUUGGCAUCGUGAAUUUUUAAAACGAUCAUUAUUUGCCGGAUCCAAGAGAUUCCAUUUUUUUAGUCCAUAUUUCAUAGGUGAAACGGAUCAAUUUGGUAAUGUAGUUACCGGACCGUUUGCUUAUUGGAAUACUAUCGAUGGUAGAACAGCUAUUAUACGAGCACUUGGUGAAAAAGGGAAAUUAUUUACUGAAUAUGAUAUUGCCGAGAUCUUAUCACAGGUAUCAGUUGAACAAAUUAUGGCUUACACAGCACCAUUGGAUGGUUGUCCAUAUCCACCAGCAUAUUCUGCCAUUGAAUUUACACAUUCAUUUGUCCAUCUUUGGGUUGGUGGACAUAUGGAACCACCGGAACAGUCUUCAAAUGACCCCGUCUUUUAUGGUCUUCAUUCAUUUGUUGAUUUAAUUUGGGAGUUAUGGAGACAAAAUCGACAAUCCCAUUGGGCACGAGAAAAUCAAUAUUCGCAAGAUAUUGAACAAUGCGCCGAUCCACAGCAUUUCAGUUAUGCUAUGAUGCGACCUUUUAAUUUAAUAAAUCGUGACGGUCUAUCAAAUUUGUAUACAGAACAAAUGUAUCGAUUUGCUCCACGACCAGGUUGCAAUUUUGAAAUACCAACUUGUGGAUCACCUUAUCUGUUCUGUGAUACACGAGUUACACCGCAUUGUGUAUCCAAAAUUAAACUUGGCGGUCUUUGUACAGGUUUUGAAGGACUUGAUGCAUGUUUCAAUAGUAUAUGUGUAGCAGGACGAUGUAUACCAGGAGUUACACCAGCUGUAAUAUUUUAA